GUAAACUCUACUCGCUCCUCUAAAACCCAACUCAUUUAGUGAGCUGCCUCUUUGUUUGUUCACCUCCGAGGGUUUUCUGAAGCAGCGCAGAAGUCAAUUCUACGCCAUGUCCAUCCCAGUUAACCCAAAACCUUUCUUGAACAAUUUGACUGGGAAGCCUGUCAUUGUGAAACUCAAGUGGGGAAUGGAGUACAAAGGUUUUCUAGCCUCAAUGGAUUCAUACAUGAACUUGCAGCUAGCUAACACUGAAGAAUACAUUGAUGGGCAAUUCACUGGAAAUUUGGGAGAGAUUUUGAUCAGAUGCAACAAUGUUCUCUAUCUUCGUGGGGUACCGGAGGAUGAAGAAAUUGAAGACGCUGAUCGUGAUCAAGACUAAGAAGUUGGAUUCCAGUAUUUAAUAUUGCUUUGUUUGAGCCAUAUAACCUGUAUUGUACCUGUAAUCCAAUGUAGAGGUAAGGUGUUCUGGAUGUGCAUGCUAACCAUAUAUGUAUGCUUUAACUGUCACCAACUAAAAAGGGUCCAUACCCUUUUAACUGUCACCAACACCACUUAAUGAGGGCAAGAUUUAACAAUUUCUUCUGACAACGUAAUGCUGAAAUUUUGUUAUAUUUC